AAGGUGGUGGGGAAAAGCAGUGGGCGAAGGAAACUCUGCGCUUUAACUAGAAUCAAUGUGGUAGAGGAUUCCUCCCCAGCAUUUUCGAGGAAGUCUGAGGCAAUUAGUUCAGUCAGUAGACAGCCUGCAGCCAGCCAGUCUGGGUUGUUCCCAAUGACUAGCAAAGGACUCAAAAAGGAGAGUGGUUACAAUCAUUUCCUAUGAUCUUUGCAGUUCGGGCUUCUCUUGAGAGAAUUGUUUUGUCGCGCGUCUCCCCCUCCCGCUUUGGAGGGUGUGUGCUUUGGGGUGGGCGAUUUGUUUUUUGGAGGGAGGGAAAAGAAGAGAGGUUACGUACUUCCCUCCUCUUUUCGAAAGGAGUUUUGCGUGCUGCGUGCGUGUUUCUGCUUUUGGUCGUGCGCCCGUUCGGUGAAACCGGAGAGCGAUGGGCUUUGAACUGGACCGGUUCAACGGGGAGGUGGAUCCCGACCUCAAAUGCAAUCUGUGCAACAAAGUCCUGGAGGACCCUCUCACCACCCCUUGCGGCCAUGUGUUCUGCGCCGGCUGCGUCCUGCCGUGGGUCGUGCAGCAAGGCAGCUGCCCGGUGAAGUGCCAGCGGAUCUCCACCAAGGAGCUGAACCACGUCCUGCCCUUAAAGAGCCUCAUCCUCAAGCUGGACAUCAAGUGCGGCAACCGGGCGCGGGGCUGCGAGAAGGUGGUCAAGCUGCAGCACUUGGCCGAGCACGCCGACAUGUGCGACUACUCACCGGCCCGCUGCCGCCACAAGGGCUGCGCCGAGGUGCUCAACUUGCGCGACGUGGACGCGCAUAUGCGCGAGGCCUGCGAGGCCCGGCCGGUGGGCGUCUGCGAGCGGGGCUGUGGCUUGGUCCUCACCCACCGCGAGCACCAGGCCGGCUCCCACUGCUGCCUGCAGGCGCUCAAGGCGCACAACGCCGCCCUCCAAGCCAAGCUCGCCGGCCUGGAGAAGGAGCUCAAGAAGGAGGCGCUGCGGGCCGGCAAGCGGGAAAAGUCGCUCCUCGCGCAGCUCUCCGCCGUCCAGCUCGAGCUCCAGAUGACAGCGCUGCGCUACCAGAAGAAGUUCACCGAGUACAGCGCCCGCCUCGACUCCCUCAGCCGCAGCCUGGCCGCCUCUUCGCUUAGCAAGGGUGAAGAGACUAAAGCACUGACACUUGUUCUUCAUCGUGAUUCUGGGUCUCUUGGAUUUAAUAUUAUUGGUGGUCGGCCAUGUAUGGACAAUCAAGAUGGCUCAUCUAGUGAAGGAAUUUUUGUCUCUAAAAUAGCAGACAGUGGGCCUGCUGCCAAAGAAGGAGGACUGCAGAUUCACGACAGGAUUAUUGAAGUAAAUGGAAAAGAUUUAUCUAAAGCAACCCAUGACCAAGCAGUAGAAGCCUUCAAAACAGCGAAAGAUCCCAUUGUAGUGCAGGUCCUGCGGAGAGCACCGCGCACCAAGAUCUUCAGCCCCUCUCAUGAGUGUCUCCUGGUAGAUAUGGGCACCCAGACAGAUAUCACCUUUGAACACAUUAUGGCUCUUACCAAGAUGAGCUCGCCAGCCCCACCAGUUACAGUCCUGGAUCCCUAUCUCUUACCUGAGGAGCAUUCAUCAGGACACGAAUACUAUGACCCAAAUGAUUACAUGGGAAGCAUUCAUCAAGAAAUGGACAGAGAGGAGCUAGAAUUAGAGGAAGUGGAUUUGCAUCGAGUGAACAGCCAAGACAAGUUUGGGCUUACAGUGUGCUACAGAACUGAUGAUGAAGAUGACAUUGGCAUUUAUAUCAGUGAGAUUGAUCCCAACAGCAUUGCUGCAAAAGAUGGCCGCAUCAGAGAAGGUGAUCGUAUAAUUCAAAUUAAUGGCAUAGAGAUACAGAAUCGAGAGGAAGCUGUGGCACUCCUUACCAGUGAAGAAAGCAAGAAUGUUUCCUUGCUCAUAGCAAGACCAGAAAUUCUCCAGCUGGAUGAAGGAUGGAUGGAUGAUGACAGAAAUGAUUUUCUGGAUGAUUUACACAUGGACAUGCUGGAGGAACAGCACCAUCAGGCAAUGCAGUUUACUGCCAGCAUGCUUCAGCAGAAGAAGAAAAAUGAAGAGGAUGGAGGCACCACAGAUACUGCAACCAUUUUAUCAAACCAACAUGAGAAAGACAGCGGUGUAGGGCGUACUGAUGAAAGCACUCGAAAUGAUGAAAGCUCAGAGCAAGAGAACAAUGCCGAUGAUCACACUACUUCCUCAAACACCUUAGGAAGCCAGAAGAAGCUGACGUAUAGCCAUGAUACGCUGGGCAGUGGCGACAUGCAGUUCAGCAACGAGUCGUUCAUUUCAGCUGACUGUAUGGAUGCAGACUUUCUUGGCAUCCCAGUGGACGAGUGUGAGAGGUUUCGUGAACUGCUGGAACUGAAGUGCCAGGUGAAGUCCACAAACCCAUAUGGUCUGUACUAUCACAACAGUACUCUGGAUAUGAGUAAAAGUGACCACGAAAGUGUGGACAGGGAGCUGGAGAUGCUGAACGAGGAGCUGCGCAACAUUGAGCUGGAGUGUCUCAACAUAGUGAGGGCUCACAAGAUGCAGCAACUGAAAGAGCAGUACCGAGAGCCAUGGAUGUUGCAUAACAGUGGCUUCCGCAACUACAACACCAGCAUUGAUGUCCGCCGACACGAACUCUCCGAUAUUACUGAGCUCCCAGAGAAAUCGGACAAGGACAGCUCCAGUGCUUACAAUACAGGGGAAAGUUGCCGAAGCACACCUCUCACACUGGAGAUCUCUCCCAACAACUCUCUGUGCAGAACAGCAGAAGAUCUUAACUUGCAAGGCAGCGAAGGAGCAGAAGGAUCUGAGAAAAAAAUGCUGUCUAGCCCAGAAAGUCAUGAAUACAGCAUGGCUAAAACCCACCCCAAAGAUGCUGACAUUAGCCAGCAGCUGGAAAUCAAGGAGAGGAAAGCCAGUGAUGGAAGCAAAAGCCCGACUCAACCUACAAAACCAGGUGGCUCCUACUUGUCUUCAUAUCACCACUCUCCAUAUAAACAUGCCCAUAUCCCUGCCCAUGCCCGACACUACCAGAGCUAUAUGCAGUUGAUACAACAGAAGUCAGCAGUGGAGUAUGCGCAGAGCCAAAUGAGUUUAGUGAGCAUGUGCAAAGACUUAAACUCUUCAAACCAGAGCGAACCCAGGAUGGAAUGGAAAGUCAAAGUCAGAAGUGAUGGUACACGCUACAUUACUAAGAGACCAGUACGGGACAGAUUGCUGAGAGAGCGUGCCAUAAAAAUUAAGGAAGAACGAAGUGGUAUGACCACAGAUGAUGAUGCCAUAAGCGAAUUGAAGAUGGGCCGUUACUGGAGUAAGGAAGAGCGCAAGCAACAUGUAGUGAAAGCCAAGGAGCAAAGGAAAAGACGUGAGUUUAUGAUGCAGAGCAGAUUAGAAUGUUUAAAGGAACAGCAAGGGGCCGAAGAAAAGAAGGAAAUGAAUAUCAUAGAACUGAGCCACAAAAAAAUGAUGAAGAAAAGGAAUAAAAAGAUAUUUGACAAUUGGAUGACAAUCCAAGAACUGCUCACGCAUGGCACAAAAUCACCUGAUGGCACAAAGGUUUACAACUCCUUCCUCUCGGUGACUACUGUAUAAUCUUCCUGUGCCAAAUUUGUGUACAUAAAACCCUAUCGAUGGGGUAGAGAUUCCUGCCUCGUUAAAUGUGGCAACCCUCUCUCUUUUCUUUUUCUUUUUUCCUUUUUGUAUAUAAAAGACACAUUCAUCGGCUUUAUAAUUCAAAUACUGAACUCUGGGUGCAAAUGUUCUCAAAGAAGAGAGAGUCACCCAUCCAAAAUCUUUAAAGGCAAUACUGAACAGACAGACUUUAAUUUGGAAUACCAAUUGUACCUUUUUUUGUAACUUGUUACCCUUUUACAUAAAAUGUUUUAAAUAACAGGGAAAGCAUAUUAAUCAUACUUACACAGGUAAUAUCUUUUUAAACUAUAUCCAUAUUUUAAAAAGGUUACACAUGCAGAAAGUCAAAGACAACUUCAAAUAUGUAUUUUUAACAAAACAGUAUUUUGCAAUAUAUCUUUCCUAUUGUGCCCUUUUUUCUGCACAACUUGCUGUUUUAUCAAUAUUUUAGCUGAACUCUUGAUAGAAUCAUUUUGCAGUAAUGUGCACCAUGUAUCACACCUGGUUGUAUAUUUGGGGUUGUGCACUCACACUGUUUUGCUUGGUGGCACAGCAUAUGGGCUCAGCUUGUGAUCUACCACCCCAAAUGUAGCCCACCAGCCAGACACUGUGACCCAUCAUGUGCUCAAUAAUACACUUUGGGCUGUUGGUGACUCACAACUUAUAAAGGUCUCUGUGGUACAAUCUUUGUUUUGACUGCUUCAUAUGUCUAGGUAGCUGCAGCCUAUUUUAUAGAAGUCACCAGAGGAAGGUCACUUGAGCUAAAUGGUGACAGGCAGACUGCAGAGAGGCAGCCUACCACCAAAGCAGCAUGGGGACAGAGGGCAACUAGGCAAUAAGCAUAUCAUGCACACAACCCUUUAAAGUUCUGGCUAAGACUUACACACUUUUAUUUUCUUUCUCUGUGGUUUCUGAAGGAAUUAAGUAGGUAUCACUUGAAAGUGCAGAAGCAAACUGCUUCAUGAUGCAGCCCUGAAAGAUUCUGGAGUAAGUUUGCCAUGGCUGUGGCCUGUCUAAAGAAUGUGCAUGUGUGUCUAAUGUUUUUACAAGAACGUUUGUGUAAUUUGAAAUGCCCAUUGUAGUAGCUGUCUGCUUUGUAGAUUUGAAUGUAUUGAAAAAGAAAGCAGUUUUCAUGACUAGUUAUAAACAUUAACAAGUAAAUGAAGUU